AUAAUUCUAACCUAACAUUUCUGUCGUUGUCGGCGACCGAAACGCAAUACGAGACGCUAUUGCUAUUUCGUGAGUUUCUUUUUACCAUGGCUCUUGACAAUUCUAUAUUGAUGCAAAAACAGGUGCGGGAUAAUUCAGAGGAUCUGCAGAGCGAAUUGCUAGACUUGAAAAAUUGGGAGGAGCAAAUGAAACGCAAAGAGCAAAAGAUACUGAAUGAACGCAUUGGCCAGCAAAUUAUACCGCCUGUCAGAAGCAAAAAUAAAAAGAAAUGUGAGAUAAAAGAAAUGAAAACGUCUACAAAUUCUAAACGAAUAAAAUCGUAUGACUACACGUCGUGGGAUAAAUUUGACAUUAACAAAGCGUGCAAGGAAGUAGACAAUGCGGAACAAUCGGACGAGUCAUUUGAGGAAAUCUUAUCCAAGGAAGAAUUGGAAAAUAACCACAUCAAAGCGAUAGAGUACAAGCAGCAAGGCAAUGAUUUCGUGAAACAAAAGAAAUGGGACAAAGCAAUCGCUUCGUACAGCGAGGCGAUAAAAAUUUUUCCUUAUGACGCUAUCUUUUAUGCUAACCGUGCGCUUUGCUAUUUGAAGCAAGAGAACUUGUAUUCGGCGGAAGCAGACUGCUCGUCCGCGAUACAACUGGACAAGACUUACGUGAAGGCUUAUCACAGACGAGUGACGGCCAGACUAGGAUUGAAGCAAUACAAAGAGGCAAUGGAUGACAUACAGAAGAUUGCAGAGCUGGAACCUUGUAGUAAAGAAACCGAGAUCUUGCUUAGUCAACUUGAGAAGUUUGGAAGUGGAAAGUCAUUUAUGUCUGUAAAAGACGUACGUACAGCUGACGUGUCUGAUCAUGAAAAGAAAGAUGAUAAAGUAAUAGACACUAAGAAGGAUACAAAUAAAAAGAGUAGCGCAAAUGUAGAUAAUACUGUAAAACCAACAACCGGAAGUGCAACAAGUGUAACAGAAUCGAAGAAAGACCGACGCAUUCCAGAUUGGCUUCCCGAAAAGGAUAAUGUUGAAAUUGUGGAGCCUAUUGACAAACCUCCUCAUCUACGUUCAAAAGAGCCAUUGAAGAGAAUACCUGUACAGGUGGCUGAUUUAACCAAACCUUUUAAAUCAUUCGAAGAGGAAAUUAAAGCAACAUGUAGUAAAAAUCAACACGUAGAAUUAUCAUACGUACAUCCUGGUAAUAUUACAAAACAAAAGGAAAACGUUGCAACAUGUAAACCGAAAGAAAAUUUUAUUGAAAGUUUUAAAGAAAUGCCUCCCAUCCCGAAAAAUGCAGUGCAGUUUUUAUUAAAUUGGAGAAAAUAUACCUCAUUCGAUUUUCGAUACAGAUAUCUAAAGCAAAUACCAUUAGGCAGCCUGCCAAAAAUAUUUCGAGAUUCAAUGGAAAGUGAUAUUUUUAGCGAUAUCUUAAUGACACUGAAAACAGAAUUUAUGAAACGCAAUGAACCUAUAUUCUCGUAUUUAAAAGAUCUCAGUAAUGUUAAAAGGUUUAGAGCAUUUAUUAUGUUCAUCACUAAUUCAGAAAAGCAAGAUCUGAAACUUAUGUUUUCGUAUUGUAAUACGUCUGAGAAGAUACCUGAGAAAGAAGUUACAGACUUACAGAAUAAAUAUGAGAUUUAAGACAUUCUAAUAAAAAAAAGUUUUGCAUACGAUAAAGGUAAGCUCGAGUAUUGUAAUGGACGGUUAUAUUUCGGACAAAUGAAAAUAAAUCGUUUUUUCAUUAAAUUGUGUUCAAAUAUUUAUUCAUAUUUUAUCAUUUUAUGA